GUGAAGCUACCACCCUGCAUUUGGCUAAGGUUCGGGAGCCUAUAGUUGUCUGUGAAGGAAUUCUAAUGAUGGAUAGAAAUGCUAAACCAGAGAAUUGUUCUGUUGAGAGUUUCAGAUGCUGGACAACAUUUGAAAGGAAGGUUUUUGCAUUAAUGUUUUGGCCCAGUUUUUUAGCCCUCGGAAUAUAACUUUUGCACAUGAACUCUGUUUGGUGCGCAGACACUAUUGGAAAGCACCUUUCUAAAUUCAUCUGGCACUUAAUCAUCUUGGCCAGUCACAGAUAUACUUCCAGAGCCUAUGUGCUAGUAACUUGUUAUGUGAUGUGUCACUUAGACUUAAAUAUUUCUUUUUGAGAUAAUUUUUUGUUGACGUUGCAGUCUCUUCUGACUUAGUUCAAUUGAAAUAUUUUAGAAUAGUGGGAGUUUUUUUUUCCUUUGUGAAAGAUCCCCCCCCCCCGUAAUUAAGAAAAAUAAGCUAGGUUUAUAAAAAACAAGACCAACAAGACUUUUGAAUGGCAUCUCUGACCUCCCAUCCUACAGAAAUGUUGUUGGCAAUGAAGAAUCCUAACCCUAAGUUUUCAUUUCUUUCAAUGAAUCUACCCUCUUGUCAGACGGAAGGGUAUAAUUUCUUCCUUUGACCUGAACUAGUAGAUUUUGACAAAGAGAAUUUGUUUACGUAUAAAACUCCAAGAUUACUCCAGAGCAGGAGGAGGACUUUAAGUUUUCAGAAAGAGUUUUCAUUUGAAGAUAAAGAAGACUUUUCAAACAGCACUAAAGAUAUUGAUGCCAGUCUUUUAGCAGUAUUGCCAAAAGUUUCUGAAUUAAGAAAACUCUUUGAACCAAACAGACAGGAUAUUUUGGAAAUGAAAAGGAAAGAGAGGAUAGCUAGGCGUUUAGAAGGAAUUGAAAAUGAUGUUCAACCCGUUCUUUUGCAAAAUUGUCCCGGGUUGGUCACCCAUCGUUUGUUAGAAGAGGAUACACCAAGAUACAUGCGUGCAACUGAUCCAUAUAGCCCUCAUUUUGGAAGAUCAAAUGAAAAGGAAUUUUCAGACUCUCUACUAGAAAAUCAGCCUAGAUCCAGGCAUCAAGCAGAAUCCACCGCAGGAAAAACAAAACCCCCUUCUUACAGCCCCUUAGUCAUGGAUCCCCAAGGACUUGAAUCCAAAGCUGAGAGGAUAGCUAGGUACAAGGCAGAAAGACGUCGACAACUGGCUGAAAAGUAUGGACUCUCCAUCGAUUCAGAUGUGGAUUCAGAAUAUUUAUCCAAAUACACAAGGGCAAAGAAAGACCAAGAUGUGUCUGAGAAGAAAGUAUUGAAAAGUGGGAAAAAAGAGGAUGAAGGUAAAGAUCACACUUUUCCAUAUUCAUUGAGAUUUGAGAAUAAGGAGCUGAGGAAUACUACUUCUGAGUCAAAGGAGUUUCCUGGGCAUGAUGACAAAGAGAGUUCUCCGGAAAGAGAAAAACUUCAUUUGAAUGAAGACAGCGAACGAAAAGCCCCUGAAUCUAGCUUGAGCAAAUACAAUAUGCCCUCUGCAUCAGAGAAUUCCACAGGUUUCUCACUUCCGGGCUAUGACUUUUCCGUAAAUGAAGUGCCAAGUUUACCAAAACAAACUCAAAGUGUUUCCCUUUCCUCACCAAAGCUAGGAACAUCACUAAGUCCUUCCCUGAAUGACCCCAAAUUAAGUAGUACAGGGAAAACAAAAGCCGAUUGGUUUCUUCAGAAAGAUUCAGAUGGGGACACAACUUCACUGAUCAACUGGCCCUCCAGAGUAAAAGUUAGAGAGAAACUGGUGAAAGACGAAAGUGCUCGUGGAAGCCUUGAACUUCUCACAGACACUAUGUCUCAAAGAAAAUUUCUCCCAGUACCGGUUAAUGUUGUGCCUCUUCAGUCAGAAACAUCUGCUUUCCAUAGGGUUGCCAGUAAACCAUUUGAUUUAGCCUGCCAACCAGCUCAUGGCUAUGUUCAGCCUGCUGGAAUUGCUCAUACAGCCCAAUUGGUGGCACCUGAAGAACCGGAAAGAAAUCCCACUAACAGGAUUCCCAUACAGGCCAAUGCCAGCUUCAUAACUAGAUUCCCACCAGAUGCUAUGAUGGACAAUGAGAAAUGUCCCUUGAUUAAGAAAUAUGGAUCAUCCAAGCUUGAUUAUUCUGGAUUGGAGGCUGAGAAGGAAAGACAAGCAGUUCGACCUUCGGAGUUGCACAGGCAAAUGAAGAGUAGAGAGGCCUACUGUGGAGAAGAUGGAUUGAAGAAGGAUUCAAUUGUGAAGCUAAAGUCUGUGAAAGUUGAGAAGGAUCUAAAGAGCUUUAAGGAGUGGAUGCCUGAACCUAAGAUGAAGAUUCAUGAGAAUGUUGAGAAAACCGAAAAGGUUAUGUAUCUUCGAAGUGCUAGAGGGAGUAUUCAGGCCCCUGAAGAAAUUACUGUGAAACCUAAAUUCCUUACACGCUCCCUAUCUGAUCACACUGGAUCUCCUAAACUAGAAGUUUUCAAAAGUAAACAGCAUGUUGCAAAGAACAUCAUGCAGUUUCAAAGCAUUGAAGGAAAGAUCCCCAAUGGUGAGAUUUCUGUGGUUGAUACAAAAGUCUCUGUGGCCCAACUCCGUAAUGCCUUUUUGGAAACUGCUAAUGCCAAGAAGAAACCUGAACUUGGGUCUCAGUGUGAGAUGCAAACAUCAGGUACUGAUUUGUCGAGCAGUGCUCAAAGCGAAAAAAGGUCACGAAAGCCAAGGCGGUAUUUUUCUCCUGAGGAAAAUAGAAAGACUUCUGAGAGAUUUAGGACUCAACCCAUAACUUCAGCAGAGCGAAAGGAAACAGAUCGGUCCACUUUUAAUCCAGAAAUGCCAUCUCCUGAAGAUGAAGAGAAAUUAGAUGAAAGAGCUAAGCUGAGCGUUGCUGCAAAGAGGUUGCUUUUCAGAGAAAUGGAAAAAUCACUUGAUGAUAAAAGUGUUCCAAAACCACAUUCAAGAAAUUCUGCUGUGGAGAGAAGAUUAAGACGGAUGCAAGACAGAUCACACACGCAACCUGUUACAACGGAAGAGGUGGUCAUUGCUGCUACUGAAUCUACCCCUGCCUCAUGUACUGUGAAUACCCACAUUGUAGUGGCAAGAAUACCUAAUCCCACUAUAGUUAAGAGCACUGUACAUCCUACCAGGUUGCAAGCAUCUGCCCACCAAAAAACAUCAGCCAGAGAAGAAAUAAAGGAAGCCAAAGAUACUGCUGAGCAAGAUCAGUCUGGAGAACCAGAUUCUUCAACCCUGAGUUUGGCUGAAAAGAUGGCCUUAUUUAAUAAAUUGUCUCAACCGAUAACAAAGGCAGUCUUUGUAAAGAAGAGAGGGGAUCUUAGACAGAGGAGAUCGAAAGCUCGUUAUCAAACUCAGCCUGUCACUCUUGGAGAAGUUGAGCAGGUACAAAGUGACAGUGAGAAGAUCACUCCUCUGUCUCCAACUACCAUAACAUCUGUAUCAAACAUGGUAUCUGCCUUAUCACCAUUAUUUAGUAAAGAUCUCCAUCUGAAGGCAGCAGAAGAUCCGAUGGUCGGUAAAUCUGAUUUCAAAUGCCACUCUUCAAUGGAAAGCAUGGAUUUGUCAUUAAAAAACACCCUGAAAACAGAAUUGUGGCAGCCUUCAUUAGAAAUAAGAGAGAACAAUCAGCAGUUGAGAGACCAUGAAGAAGCAGAGCCCAAAGAAUUUGCAAAAUGGGAAAUGAAUGGUGUAAGAAAGCAUAGCUCCUUUGAGGAAGAGCCCCCACAUCCUGUUCCUGAUAAAACAGUGGACUACAACAAAGAGAUAAAAUAUGCAUUUCCAAGAAAAAACAGCAUGGAAUUGCUUAGCCCACACUCUCUUUGUGAGCGUACUGAAGAAAAGGUCACUGACAUCCUGCCAGAGAAACAAGGAGUCAAAGGGCAGUCCUUUGAGGAGAUGAUGGAGUAUGAAGGGAUUGCCAUGGACUCAACACUGCCAAAAGAGAUUGGUGAACCAUCUUCAGAGUUUAGAGCAGCUGCAACAGAAAGUGCUUCUCAAUCAGCAGCAAUGCUAUCCUGUAGGCAACAGGAAACCUUUGAGCUGUUAGGAAAAGAAGGCUUUAGUGACAGUAAAGCUGAAAUAACAGAGGACACCCUUGAUGCAUCCAGCAAAACUAUGUCCAUUAAAGAAAGCAAGGAAGUAACAUUUGCAGGCUGCAUGAAGAACGGGGACUACAGGCUGGCACUCCUAAAGAAGAGUGGUGAGGAAGACUGGAGAAACAGAUUGAAUAAAAAAACGGAGUAUGGACGAGCAUCGGGCACUGAACGUGGCCCUCAGCUACAGGAGAAGGAGCAACUAUUUACGAAAAAGGAAGAAGGAGGAAGUUCAGAUGCUAAAGCCAUAUCUAAGCUGCUUUGGGAACCUGUCUAUGCUUCUACUUAUUCUCCUGCUAUACUUGCUGCCCAUAAACUUCAUUCCUUCAUACCUAUUAAUCAGGUCAAUAGUGCUAGUUUGAGACAGCCAACCUCCCUGGAGCUUGUACAUCACCCUUGGAGAUGGAAGAAGGAUGUGGAUAGCUGUGAAAAUCAAAUGACAAUUGAAGAAAGAAAGCAGUUAAUAAGUGUUCGAGAAGAAGCUUGGAAAGCUAAAGGCAAAGGAGCAUCAAAUGAUUCGACCCAGUUUACAGUGGCUGGCAGAAUGGUAAAGAAAGGCUUAGCAUCACCAACUGCUAUCAGUCCAGUGACAUACCCUUUCUGCAACAGACUAAAAUCAACCACAUCUAUUUCAAAACCCCUGGAAGAAAUUGAAGCAAGACCAGAUAUGCAGUUAGAAUCAGACAUGAAGUUGGAUAAACUGGAAACUUUCUUAGGAAGGCUCAACAACAAAGUUGCUGGAAUGCAGGAGACUGUCUUGACAGUCACAGGAAAAUCUGUGAAAGAAGUAAUGAAAUUGGAUGACGAAGAAACGUUUUCCAAAUUUUACCGAUGCACGAAUUUUCCACCUCCCUCUUUGCCUGUGGAGUUGGAUGAAGACUUUGAUGCCAUAUUUAAUCUUGAUUUGCCAAAGUUGAUUUCUUCAGUAACAGAGCACAAACGGGCCGUGAGGCCUACACGCAGAGUCCAGGCUUCCAAGAAUCCUUUAAAAAUGCUAGCAGCAAGAGAGGACAUUCUUCAUGAAUACACGGAGCAGAGAUUAAAUGUGGCGUUCAUGGAGUCAAAGCGGAUGAAAGUUGAAAAAAUGUCUGGAAACUCAAAUUUCUCAGAAGUAGCACUUGCUGGUUUAGCGAGUAAAGAGAACUUCAGCAAUAUUAGUCUACGUAGUGUCAAUUUGACGGAGCAGAAUUCAAACAACAGUGCAGUCCCAUACAAGAAGCUGAUGCUCUUACAGAUCAAAGGAAGAAGACAUGUCCAAACUAGAUUAGUUGAACCAAGGGCUUCAUCACUUAACAGCGGUGACUGUUUCUUGCUACUCACGCCACAGUUUUGCUUCCUGUGGGUAGGAGAGUUUGCAAACAUCAUAGAAAAAGCCAAGGCUUCAGAGCUUGCAGCUUUAAUUCAGACAAAGCGAGAACUUGGCUGCAGAGCUCCUUAUAUACAGACCAUAGAAGAAGGCAUCAAUACUCAUACUCAUGCAGCCAAAGAAUUCUGGAAACUCCUUGGUGGGCAAACAAGCUAUCAGGAGGUUGGAAGACCAGAGGAAGAUGAGAUGUAUGAAGCUGCAAUAAUAGAAACAAAUUGCAUUUACCGGCUUGUUGAUGAUAAACUUAUUCCUGAUGACGACUACUGGGGGAAGAUGCCAAAGUGUACAUUGCUAAACUCAAAAGAGGUCUUGGUGUUUGACUUUGGUAGUGAAGUAUAUGUUUGGCAUGGGAAAGAGGUCACACUAGCACAAAGGAAAGUUGCCUUCCAGUUAGCCAAACACUUAUGGAAUGGGACUUUUGACUACGCCAAUUGUGACAUCAAUCCCUUAGAUCCUGGUGAAUGCAAUCCUCUUAUUCCAAGAAAAGGACAAGGGCGGCCAGACUGGGCUAUUUUUGGCAGACUCACAGAACACAAUGAGACAAUACUAUUUAAAGAAAAAUUUCUUGAUUGGACUGAAUUGAAGAAACUUGCUGAGAGGAAUUCCACUGAAUUCCCUCAGAAGGAAGAAACCAGAUCUGACACAAAACCAUAUGAUGUCAUGCUCAUGGUCCCCGUCCCCCAGGCAACCGUUGGCACUGUCUUGGAUGGGAUAAAUAUUGGCCGUGGAUAUGGUUUCAUUGAAGGAGACGAUGGGAGACAAUUUGAAAUUAUCACUAUCUCUGUGGACGUCUGGCACAUCUUGGAAUUUGAUUAUAGUAGGCUUCCUAAACAAAGUAUUGGGCAAUUUCAUGAAGGCGACACAUAUGUUGUCAAGUGGAAAUACCUAGUAAGCACUUCAGUUGGAAGCAGACAAAAGGGAGAUUUACAGACGAGGGUCGUUGGCAAAGAGAAAUGUGUAUAUUUCUUUUGGCAAGGGAGACAUUCUACUGUCAGUGAGAAGGGGACUUCGGCCUUGAUGACCGUGGAACUUGAUGAAGAAAGAGGAGCUCAGGUGCAAGUUCUUCAAGGAAAAGAGCCUCCAUGUUUUCUUCAAUGUUUUCAAGGUGGAAUGAUUGUUCAUACAGGAAGAAGGGAAGAGGAAGAAGAAAAUACACAAAGUGAUUGGCGACUGUAUUGCGUUCGAGGAGAAGUUCCUGUUGAAGGGAACUUGCUUGAAGUAGCCUGCCACUGCAGCAGCCUGAGAUCUAGGACUUCAAUGAUUGUUCUCAAUAUCAACAAAGCCCUUAUUUAUUUGUGGCAUGGAUGCAAAGCCCAGCCACAUACGAAGGAAGUAGGAAGAACAGCGUCCAACAAAAUAAAAGAACAAUGUCCGUUGGAAGCAGGAUUGCACAGUAGUAGCAAAGUGACAAUACAUGAAUAUGAUGAAGGAACAGAGCCAAUGGGAUUCUGGGAUGCCUUAGGAAGAAGAGACCGAAAAGCCUAUGACUGCAUGUUGCAAGAUCCUGGAAAGUUUAAUUUUACACCUCGCCUAUUUAUCUUUGGAAGUUCAUCAGGAGAAUUUUCAGCCACUGAGUAUAUUUAUCCAUCAAGAGACCCUUCUGUGGUUAAUUCCAUGCCCUUCCUUCAGGAAGACCUCUACACAGCCCCUCAGCCAGUUCUCUUCCUUGUUGACAAUCACCACGAAGUAUACCUCUGGCAAGGUUGGUGGCCAGUCGAAAACAAAAUCGCAGGAUCUGCCCGAAUCCGGUGGGCUUCAGAUAGGAAAUGUGCCAUGGAGACUGUCCUACAGUACUGUAAAGGAAAGAACGUGAAGAAUCCUCCUAAAUCUUAUCUAAUCCAUGCUGGUCUUGAGCCUUUGACAUUUACUAAUAUGUUUCCCAGCUGGGAACACAGAGAUGACAUUGCUGAAAUCACCGAAAUGGAUGCUGAAGCUUCUAAUCAGAUCAUCCUGGUAGAAGAUGUGCUGGCCAAGCUGUGCCAAAAGUUUUAUCCACUUGCUGAUCUCUUAGCAAGGCCUCUCCCUGAGGGAGUGGACCCCCUUAAUCUUGAAAUCUACCUUUCAAAUGAGGACUUUGAGACUGCAUUACAGUUAACUAGAGAAGAAUACAACACACUGCCUUCCUGGAAGCAGGUGAACCUCAAAAAGGCAAAAGGGCUUUUCUGAAAGAGCCAGAAUUGUCGUCAUGGGCUGGAGCUGGAGUGGAACAUGACCUGUUGACAUUUUCUGCACCUCUUGGCCAAAGUAGUGUGCCCGUUUUCACCCUCAAAAGAAAGAUUCUGCCUGAAGUUACUAGGCUCUGCUAUCUGUUCUGAAGUCACACCAUAAUGUAAGUGUGCAAGAAGCAUCUUUGGAAGACAUUUGGUGGGCAACAACUCCAAAGUGCAGGCCAGAUUUAGACAUUAUGUUUUCUGUACUCUGAACAGGAACUUUUCUGAUUGCUGAUCCUUUGGCUACCCACACUACGUGUCAUUUGGGUUUUGAAAAUGCUCUUUUUGUAAAGUGUUAUUUUGUUCAAGCUGUGGAUUUUCAAAAGGAUUUGUAUUUAUGUAAACGCAUAGGAGAAGGAUGUAUUUAACAAUGCAGUUUGUAUUAUUCAUUUUCAAUACUUUUGUAAAGAAAGUUCCAGGAAAGUAGCUAGACUUAUUAUUAUCUUGUAUUAUGGCUGAUUUUAUGCUCUCUCUCUCUCUCUCUCUCUCCUCUCGCUCUCUCUCUCUCUCUCUCUCUCUCUCUCUCUCUCUCUCUCUCUCUCUCUCUCUCUCUCUCUCUCUCUCUCUCUCUCUCCCUCUCUCCCUCUUCCUCUCCCUCCCUCCCUCCCUCCUUCCCUCAUUCUGAGUGUUUUCAUUGCAAAAGUAUUAGUCUCAGAGCUAUUUCAGCUGCUAAACUGAACCAAGAAUUAUCAUAAACAUUUCUAGAAAAUCUCACUGAAUCCAAAUUUAUAUCCCAAAAAUGUAUAGUGCCUUGUUUUUUUGUUGUUGUUGAUGUACAGUUUAUAUACCAAAACAAUUGGCCUGCUUUUUAAAAUGACUCAGAACAUACUCUACUUUUAUAAUAGUAGAAACAAAAAAAACCUCAGUUUAUAAUAAUGUGGCAAACAUAAACCAUCUUUUGUAAUAAAGACUUAAAGCAAGGCUUCAGAAUAAAUUUUUAGCAAUGGACUGGCUCCUUAUUCUCUCCUUUGCCAUCUUAAGUAGAUAACUGGAUGGUGCAUCUUGAUUUAUGAAUUACUGUGGAAAAUGUCUGCAUUGCCCUGAGAGCAGACCAGCAAAAUGCCUUUAGGAAAAAUAAAUAAACCCAUAGACUCUUUUCAUCCAUUUUCAUGACUAAAACUGUUCUAUGCAGGCAAUAAAGAUUUCUGAUUGUACAUUUUAAAAUGUCAUAAGUUAGGGGCUGAUCUGUAUAUAAAAACUGGGUGCCUAUGUUACAGAUUACCCUGUAUACUAAAAGCUCUCUAAUUAAAUCAAAAUGAUGUGCCCUCACAACUAGCGGCUUUCAUCUCAUGGGAGUUGAAGUCCAAUAAGAUCAUGAUAAUAGAAUAAGGUCUUGGCCAUUAAGUCCUCUCCCUCAGAGUCAAUCUUUAUUAUGUCUUUUAUCACUAAUAGUACCACAACUGUGUGGCACAUAGAGUCAAGUAACUUUCUAGCUGUUAUUUGUAGGGAAAAGGAGGCUAAGGAACAAAUAUUUUUUUUAGAAAAUAGCCUUCAAUGAGCAGAUAAACAUUACUUUCUGGGAAUGGUUUAAAAUAGCAUUGCAAUGGAAUAUAUAUGAAAUAUAACAUUUUUGGUACUCCAGAUUUAGAAUAUGUGUGAUUAACCUAAGUCCCAUUAAUUUUGAUGAUCCAUAAGCAUGAUAUAUGUCUGGAUCCAACUCAGACUCUUGUGUCAACUUUUCCUCAUAUGUAAAGCUGUAAGCAUAAUUUAUUGUGUGUUCAGUAACGCAAAUGGUGGCUACAUAAAUUUAAUUUGAAGUUCAGAUUCAGUCCAUGAAACAUCUGGCUAAACCUUGAUUCUGGCAAGCUUCUGUGAAAUGUCAAACUUGCAAAGGGAUUAUUUCAUUAUGAGAAAUUAAUGAAUCCCUAUUUCUGUGGCAUUAAAUUUAGUAUUGAUUUGAACAAAAGAUGUUUGACCACGUUUGUAUACUCUGUAAGCCUGUAAUGUUUAUUCUAAUACACAAGAUGUUUCUCUCCUUUUUCUCUGCAACAUCACAAAUAAAGUAUUCAAUUUUUAGCUUUUAA